UGGUUUUUUCGCUUCCUGCUGGAACGGUGGAAUUUUUAAGACGAGCGCGUGAUAAGCAAAAAAAACGAAACUCAAAAUCUGUAAACUCUGAUUUUUACUGUACGCGCCGGUUAUAAGUCCAUGCAGCAUUUGCUUCAUGAAAGUGGUUUUGAAUGAAAGCAAGCAGCAAUCUUCAUGGUUAUUAUACAAAGAUUUGCAGUGAAGAUUGUUGAAUUAAAUUAUCCAAGUGAGAUCUGACCCAAGUGAAAUUGAUUUGAAAGAAAUGAUAUGAGAUUUUUAUGUGGAUUUAAAGCAAUUAAAUAAAAAGUUUGAAAAUAAUGACAAAAGUUUGAUAUAAAUAAUAGCAAGUUUGGUGAAUUUGAAGAAGCAACACUUUGGGAUUUCUGCUAUAGAAGCGCAACGAAAGGAACCUAAAUACUAUCGCCAUCGUAGUCAUCGUCUUUGAAGAGCCUUAGAUCACUGUAAAGACUUAAGCUGUACGAGAUUAUUAAUUUGUUUUAAUUACUGUGUGCUUUUUCCAAACAAACAAAACGAAAAGUUAAAGGGGGAAGGAAGCCACACCACAUCACUCACUUCCCAUACAUACACACACACACACACAUCACAUCGCAUCAUGACGGAGACUGAAUCUUUAAAUCGGAAAAAUUCCUCUAGGAAAAAUUCCGUUAUCAAUGGCAAUGGCGAAACAGCAGCAAAAAUGGAAACAGAAGAUGGUGGUGGCGAGGUAACGCUUAAGGCGAAAAUGAGUCUUGUCAAUGGUUGUACAGUGAUUGUUGGCUCCAUCAUUGGUUCCGGUAUCUUUGUCUCACCCACUGGUGUCCUCAUGUAUACGGGCAGUGUCAAUUUGGCCCUUAUAGUGUGGGUCGUUUCGGGAUUAUUUUCGAUGGUUGGUGCCUACUGCUAUGCCGAAUUGGGCACAAUGAUAACCAAGUCCGGAGCUGAUUAUGCCUACAUUAUGGAAACAUUCGGACCAUUUAUGGCCUUCAUACGUCUCUGGAUUGAAUGCAUGAUAGUGAGACCAUGUUCACAAGCCAUUGUAGCAUUGACUUUCAGUGUCUAUGUACUGAAACCAUUCUUUCCGGAAUGCACGCCGCCAGAAGAUGCAUCCCGAAUGUUGGCUGUCUGUUGCAUAUUGGUUCUGACUUUUGUUAACUGCUGGGAUGUUAAAUGGGCUACCGCUGUGCAGGAUAUCUUCACAUAUGCCAAACUGUUGGCCUUGUUUAUCAUCAUUGCAUCGGGCAUCUACCAAUUGUACAUGGGUCACACCGAGUAUUUUACAUUUGAGAACACUGACACUAGGGUCACAUCUAUUGCGUUAUCCUUUUACUCUGGACUCUUCGCCUACAAUGGAUGGAAUUAUUUAAAUUUCAUCAUUGAAGAAUUAAAGGAUCCCGUUAAGAAUCUACCCCGCGCCAUAGCUAUUUCUUGCAUUCUGGUAACAGCGGUGUACGUUUUCGCCAAUAUAUCAUUCUAUACCAUUCUGUCUCCCGAUGAGGUUUUGGGUUCACAGGCUGUGGCUGUAACAUAUGCCGAACGGGCUUUUGGUGUGAUUGCAUGGACCAUUCCAGUUUUUGUGGCUCUUUCCACUUUUGGUGCUGUCAAUGGCAUUCUUUUGACUUCAUCCCGCUUGUUUUAUGCCGGUGCCAAUGAGGGUCAAAUGCCUGAAAUUCUGACCAUGAUUCAAAUUCACAGAUUUACACCAACACCUGCUGUUUUGGCUAUGGCUUUAUUAUCCAUGUUGUAUCUGACAGUUUCGGAUAUAUUUGCUUUAAUCAAUUAUGUAGGCUUUGCCACUUGGCUAAGUAUCGGUGUUGCUGUCUUGUGCUUACCCUGGUUGCGUUGGGCCCAACCCAAUCUGCCCCGUCCCAUUCGUGUGCCCAUGAUCUUCCCCAUUGUCUAUCUUCUGGCCACCCUUUUCGUUACCAUCGUACCCAUGUAUGCCAGUCCUGUGGAGACUGGUUAUGGCAUUCUAAUGAUUUUGUCCAGCAUACCUGUCUAUUUGGUAUUCAUUGCGUGGAAAAAUAAGCCCAUGUGGUUCCAAAAAGUUAUGGUAAGUCUAACCAAGUUUCUACAGAAAGUUCUCAUGGUCCUUGGAAAGACUAAACCAGCUCAGGUGUAAAAGAAACAGACGAAAAACAACAGCUAGACCCUACCCCAUAAACCAAUAACAGAUCAGUACGGCAGAGUGAAAUAGUGACAGAAUAACUCAAAGGAUCAAGAAAAAACAAAACAAAACUGAGAAAAAUCUACAACAACAAAACAAAAGAAGAAAAACUGCUUUCAAUACAAAUGGCAUUUACAAAUAGUUCUUUUUUUAUGUUAAAAAGUAAGGCUUUUUUAUUAUUUUAUAAAAAAAAAAAAAAACAAAUGAUUAUUUUUCGUAAA